AUGAGUAUCACCGACAAAGAGAACUUCCUACAAAUAAGUGUAACUGAAUCAGUGGAUUUGUCGCAGCAAAGGGUUUUCACAAACACCAUAGUAACAAACUUGACGGCAGUUCUUACAUGUGAUCAAAGACGUGCAUUACUUUUUAAUAUUCAACAACUAUUCGAAGUGCCGAUGAAAGAAUUUGACGAUGAAUGGUGGCCUUUAGUUAUGAACUUUUGGGUGAAAUAUAGUCAUAAGAAACUUGUAAAUGGAAAUUCUUGGAAAACCUUUGUAUCAUGGUAUGUUGCCAAGCAAAAAGUGUGUGUUGAACAGUUCCAAGGUUCCCCUGAUCACACGCAUAAUUUGGAUGAAAGUAAUAAGCUUAAGCACCUCCAAGCUAUUAGGACUUUGGUAAAAAAGGAAGCCGUGAAAAAUUAUCCUGUGCUUACAAUAGUAAAUGCAGUUAAAGAGUACACAUCUGAAAAUCUGGACCUUGGUAUGAGUGUAAAGGAAUUAAGGUGGAGGAAGGUUGCUAAUAUAAAGUAUAAAGUCUGUGGGCCACAAAAUAUGUAUUUUACUGGCACUUCUGAACUAGCACCAGAUAUCCAAGACUCAAUUUCUCUUUUACAAAAAGAAGGAUAUCAGGUCGAAUCAUAUAAAACCCACUGUCAAUCUAUCUCCAGUUUUGUUUUUGCACAACCAAAACAACUCAAAAAGCUUCAGUGGUAUGGUUGGCUAACCCUUAUCGACUCCACACACAAAACCAACAAAUAUGACUGGCGUUUAUUUACGCUGUUUGUUCGGGAUGGAUAUGGAUGCUGGAAUAUUGGCGGGCAUUUUUUCGUUAGCAAUGAAAAUAGCGAUAACGUUGCAGAAGCGUUAGUUAUAAUUAGACGAUUUUGUAGAACCUGGAAACCUCGUUAUUUUUUGGCAGACCAAAGCAGCAUAGAGGCAAAAUGUAAUGUAAAAGUUUUCCCAGGUCUCACAAAGGGUGAACAGGAAUGUGAUCCAUGCAUAAAUGAACAAAAGUUGGUUGUGAAAUGUUCGUUCAAAAAUCAAUUAAUGAAUGUGCCCUUUACCCUAUUAAACAAUAUAUCACAAGAUAUUAUUCAAAAAAUACUCACCAAUGGGCCCUUUGGGCCGCCAGCACUUGCCACUACUUUUGCAAGUAACAAUGACAAAUGCUCUGGAAUCCAGUUAGAUUCGGAUUAUGUCGCAUUCGCGUUUCGGGUUAAAAAAAUUUCCGCUGUCGGUGUCAACAAUAAUAUUCUCAAAGAAAUUCAUAAGUUUCCUUUUCCAGUCCAGAAAUUAAUAGUUAAUGAAGUUUUUGCUGUUAAUGAUAGAAUAGAGAAAGGUAAAGGGUUGCCUGGUCUGAUGUCGCUUGAAUGCUAUUGCCUUUUUUUCCGCAAAUAUAUGCUUCCUUGCAAGCAUAUCUUUCAUGAGCAAAUAUAUGGUUUUAGAAAAUUGUUGACGAUUAAUACUUGGAAAAAAUUCCAACAAAUGUUCGAUGAAAAUGGACUUGAAAUUUAUAAACAUCGUGAGUUGGUAAGUUUAGAAUCCUUUGAAAAAGAUGAGGUCAAUAAAGCAGCGGAGAAUAGAAAACUUACAGUGAAUGAGUUAAUGGAAAGAACACGCAAUGAGUAUUGGAGAAUCGAAGAAAAUGGAAAUGAAGAGGAAAAGGUUGAAUUUAUUCAAAGGUUAAGAUUUUGCUUAGAUCCU